AGCUUACCCAUGAUCGUUACUGACAUAAAUUGUCAAUAACGUUUUCCCCAUCCGUGUACUUCUUUUAUGAUGCAAAAAUGCGACAAACUGUAACAUUAACCUUAACCUUAUGGCUAAUUUGGAAUGCCUGCGUCGAUUGUCAGACGACGACGUCGCGACCGCCGUACACUAUACCGCAAGGAUUAGGAUGUGACCGUUGGAGCCAUCUAAUAGGUGAUUCGUGCUUCUACUUUGGACAAGAUCCCGGCUCUACCUCGGGUGAGCGUAUUCGCUAUAAUUUCACCGAAGCGCGAAAAUUUUGCCAGACAAAAUUCUGGUAUGGAGAUUUGGCUUCCAUUACGUCUUACGAAGAACAAAGCUCCAUAAACGACAUACUUCUUGGGUAUGGCGCAGACUUUUGGAUUGGUUUACGAGAAGUAUGGAGUGCAUAUAAUAACUGGAUAGAUGGAACGCCGGUGACCUACUCAAACUGGGGAGCUCCUGGGGUGCCUGCGCCCAGUCCUGCGAACCCCCGAUGCAUUGGAAUCCGAGGAAUGUUGGCCAAUAAUCACACUCGCGGCAUGUGGUAUCCCGAUUACUGCAGUAUUGAACGACCCGCUCUCUGCAAAGGUCCGGCUUUCCUAACCACAACCAGUGCGCCGCCGCCAACCUUUACAACCACACGAACUACCUCCACAACCUCACGGCAAAGCAGCCCUUGGACGUUUGCUUCGACCACCCGGACUCCAGUGUCAACACGUCCGACCACGCCCAACUGGCCGUACACCGUGCCACCACCCACUACCAGACGGCCAGCAGACAUUACAACAACUCGCCCAACAGUACCGCCCACCGAAAUUUCCUUUGAGGUUCCGUCGUACCUGCUGAAAACGUUAAACGUUACUUGCCGGUUGGGACGAGUGACCCUGCCCGAAGAGGAUCUGGAUCUGGUGGACUCGCUGACGACGGUGUUUGACGGUGAUAAUACACUCAACUGUCGUGUGAUCCUCCACGAUCUGCAUUCAUGGAUCGUGGCUAAGACUGGCGAAACCAGACAGAAACGGGCGUCGUUUUAUGAACCGAUUAAAGUCGAAUGCACCCGGGGAAAUUUAACCGUAUCCAACGUCGACCCGGGGACAUCAGAAUCCACGGGGUUGGUCUUCCGCACCGGCGGAUCCAACAGAUGUAUGGAGACGUACAGAGAGUUUUUGAGCUAUGUUACCGGCUUUCGCCACUUUUGAGUUGUUUAGCAAUUUGUUUUUACCCGCUGACAACCGAAGCAACAAUAAUUGCAAAUACCGUUG